AGAAGAACCUCCCCUCUUCAGUUUAGUUAAAGUCCAGGCUGCCUGUGGCUCGGAAACUUAUCAGAGCUCCUCCACACUGCUUUGGUCCAGGCUAGCGGACCUUCCUCUAUCCGAACACAACCGGACAGAACCGAAACUCGCGUCUGUUUGGACCUAAAGACUCUCCACCAGAGGAGCCGAACCACCACCUACUGAAGUUCACAGCUUAUCGAACAGAGAUGUUUGAGAUCAAAAGGAUCUGUUGCAUCGGCGCUGGGUACGUAGGAGGACCAACGUGCAGUGUGAUCGCUCACAUGUGCCCGGAGAUCACUGUGACCGUCGUGGACGUCAACGAGUCCCGCAUCAAAGCCUGGAACUCCGACACUCUGCCCAUUUAUGAGCCAGGACUGAAAGAGGUGGUUGAAUCAUGCAGAGGGAGGAAUCUGUUCUUUUCCACAGACAUUCCCUCAGCCAUCAAGGACGCCGACCUCGUCUUCAUCUCUGUGAAUACCCCGACGAAGACCUAUGGAAUGGGUAAAGGUCGCGCAGCUGACCUGAAGUUCAUUGAGUCGUGCGCUCGGCAGAUUGUGGAGGUUUCCGACGGAUACAAGAUCGUCACAGAGAAGAGCACCGUUCCCGUGCGGGCUGCAGAGAGCAUCAGACGGAUCUUUGACGCCAACACUAAACCCAGCCUUAACCUUCAGGUGCUGUCCAACCCAGAGUUCCUCGCAGAGGGAACAGCAGUACGGGAUCUAAAAGAGCCGGAUCGUGUCCUGAUCGGUGGAGAUGAGACGCCGGAGGGUCAGAAGGCGAUCAGAGCACUUUGUGCUGUUUAUGAACACUGGGUCCCCAAGUCCAGAAUCAUCACUACCAACACCUGGUCGUCUGAGCUCUCUAAACUGGCGGCGAACGCUUUCCUGGCGCAGCGAAUCAGCAGCAUCAACAGCAUCAGUGCUCUGUGUGAAGCCACGGGAGCCGACGUGGAGGAGGUGGCCAAGGCCAUCGGCAUGGACCAGAGGAUUGGCAGCAAGUUCCUUAAAGCCAGCGUCGGCUUUGGUGGGAGCUGUUUCCAGAAAGACGUGCUCAAUCUGGUGUAUCUGUGCGAAGCUCUAAACCUGCCGGAGGUGGCGUCCUAUUGGCAGCAGGUAAUUGACAUGAAUGAAUACCAACGACGGCGAUUUGCUUGUCGGAUCAUUGACUGCCUCUUCAACACCGUUACUGGAAAAAAGAUUGCUCUGCUUGGGUUCUCUUUCAAAAAAGACACGGGUGACACCAGGGAGUCGUCCAGCAUCUACAUAUCAAAGUAUCUGAUGGACGAGGGAGCCAAGCUGUUCAUCUAUGACCCCAAAGUUCUUAAAGAGCAAAUCAUUCAUGAUCUGUCGCAGCCCAGCAUCUCAGAGGACAACCCAGAAAGAGUGUCUGAGCUGGUGACCAUAACCUCAGACCCCUAUGAGGCCUGCCAGAGCGCACAUGCAUUGGUCAUCUGCACAGAGUGGGACAUGUUUAGGGAACUUGACUAUGAGAAGAUUUACAAGAAAAUGCUGAAGCCAGCCUUCAUUUUUGAUGGUCGCAGAGUUCUAGACCACCUCCACGCAGAGCUGCAGAACAUCGGCUUCCAGAUCGAGACCAUUGGAAAGAAAGUGACCUCUGCUAGAAUCCCCUACACCCCAGCAAUCGUUGGACCACGCACCGCUGCCACCGAGCCUCCCACCAAGAAGGCAAAAGCCUGAAAGAUGAAACCCCCCCCCCGCCUGCUGAAAUGGGCAACGCCAUCCUCCUGCUUGACUUUUCAUUUCCACAGCAGAGGGGAAGGGGUCUGAACAGCAUCCUGUCCGCUGUCUGCCCAAUAUUGGCUCGCUGCUUCUCAUCAGUCUCAAAGUUGCUGCAAAUCAAAUAUCUUUUAUAUUUCUGUAACGCUAUCAUUCCAAACACCACAGCCAGAAUUACAUCUAGCACAUGCAUCAGAUGACCUGUUUUUAUAGAAACACUAUAUACGCAGGUUUAUUUUCUUAUAUAAUGAAGCUGUUCUUAAAUGCAAAGUUUUAUCUUUUCCUAUUACUAUUUUUAUAAAUCAUGUUGCUGUAUGCUAAGUGUUCAUUUAAGGGGCCAAUGCAAUAAAAUGAGAGACCUGUAAUUCUUUAGAUACCGUACUUUUUAUACAUGUAUCACCUCCAAUAAAUCUGUCUUUAUAAGUUUAAA